AAGUAACUAGAGGCACAUGAAGUUACUGCAUUGGCAUGAAAAUUUAAAAUAUUACUGCAUUGCGAUAAUUGACCUAGCCCACGGCUCAGGCCCACAUCACUGAUCCAGACUUCGGUCCAUAAUAAUUUGGUUUCCUCAGUUCCUCUACAUUGCAGUUCUCACUGCAAUUACCACCAUCACUCAAUCUGAAAAAUGGAGGGAAUUGGGACGGCAGCUCAAUCAGUCAGAGGGAGACCCAUCGAACAGCCACCGUCACCGCAUCCCAUGUGGGUGGAGACCAUUCAAACAACGCUGAGCCACCAUCGCAGCAAAUUAACCACAUUUGAGGUUAGCAUUCCCGUUCUGUAUUUGCACAGUUUUAUAUCUAUUUAUUUAAUUUUAUAUUGGGAAUUUAAAAGUUCCGAAAUUUUGGCACAAAGUAUUUGUUCAUGAAGUGUUGACGAAAAAAUCAAAAAACUAAGGAGGAUUAUAUUUGGAUUCCACUAAGAAAAAGGAGAUAAUUUUUGUAGUGAACAAUCUGGAAGUAAAUCUCAGAUUCUCAACCUCACAAGUAUCGACAACCACACCAUUGUUUGCCUUGUCUUCCAAGGUUCCAAUAACAAGAUAGAAAACUAGCUAGAAUCCUCAACUUUCAAGGACUCCCUAUACCCUAGCUCUUACGAGAAGAGUCUAGACCGAGUGGGUCUCCAUAUCCAAAUAGGAGUUUAGGACUGAUUAUAUUGGGAAGUUAAUCUGGAACGUUUCAACAUGGUAAGUGAAUUAUUCUAAUAGGAAGACCAGGAAAGGAACAAGCAUACCUUAGUUGAGUUUGCCUUCUCUUCCAAGGUUUCCAUGACGAGCUAGAAAUUACAAUUCUCAAGUUAAAUACUUGGAUCCAGGCAUCACAAUACUCACAAUCUUCUCUGAGUUGGAGACAAACAGUAGUCAACACCAAUGGCAUCACAAUGGUAUAGGGGCAGAGUCAAGGCUGUUCCUUCAGGUGAUUCCCUUGUCAUCCAGGCCCUUCAGUCAAACAAGACCAGAAUCCCACCGGAAAAAAGUCAAAACACUAUUACUUUAUUAUCAGUUCGUGCUCCCAAACUGGCCGGUGAAGAUCGCAGUACUGAUGAGCCUUUUGCAUGGGACAGCAGAGAGUAUCUGAGGAAGCUCUGCAUCGGAAAGGAGGUGGUUUUCAGCAUUGAGCAGGGCGUCGGCUCUGUUUUCCUUGACAACAAUAAUGUUGCAGCCCUUGUUGUUCAAAAAGGGUGGGCAGCUGUCACGUCACCGAGCACAACUCCUUACAAUUGUGAGCUGCAGUUUCACAUGGAUCAAGCCUUUAAUAAAGGUCUUGGUCGCUGGAGCACGGUUCCAGGUGCCGCGGAGGCAUCCAUUAGGACUCUACCUCCCCAACUCAACUUAGAGACCAUGAAGACUCUGUUGGCUGCAAACAAGGGCAAGCGCAUAGAAGCUAUUGUCGAGGAGGUUGUUGAUGGCAGUAUUGUUCUGGCUCACUUGCUUCCGGAGUUUCAGUUUGUCCCAGUCAUUGUUGCAGGAACUCAGGCGCCCUACAUUGGACCUGAUGCUUAUCCUUUGAUUCCUUUCGCACUAGAAGCUAAGUUUUUCACGGAGUCUCGUGUGUUGAAUAGAGAUGUGCAUAUUGUUCUGGAAGGUGUUGAUGAGUUCAGCAAGUUCAGCCGUCUGAUUGGGUCUCUGUAUUACCCGGAUGGAGACUCCGAAAAGGACUUAGGGCUGGAGCUUGUGGAGAAUGGUUAUGCUAAAUAUGUACCAUGGAGUGCGAAAGUGAUGGGUGAAGAUGCAAGGCAGCGGCUCAAGACUGCAGAGUUUGAAGCUAAGAAAAACAAGCUGAGGAUUUGGACACACUUUGUACCCCCAGCUACAAAUUCCAAGCCAAUUCAUGACCAGAAUUUCACGGGAACAGUUGUGGAGGUUGUAAGUGGGGAAUGUGUCAUUGUGGCUAAUGAUUCUGGAGAGCGGAGAGUCAAUCUUUCGAGUAUUUGGUGUCUGAAGAUGGGAAAUCCUCGUAGAGGUGAUAAGCCAGCUGCAUAUGCACGUGAAGCCAAGGAGUUGCUGAGGACACGCCUUAUUGGACGCCAAGUGAAUGUUCAAAUGGAGUAUUCAAGGAAGGUAGGCCAAGCAGAUGCAGAUUCUUCCAGAGUAAUAGAUUUUGGAUCAGUCUUUAUUAAGGCUGAGGGGGAAGAUAAAAGCAACCAGGCUGAGGAAAACGUUGCUGAGCUUGUGGUUGCAUGUGGCUUCGGCAAUGUUAUCAAACACCGAGAUUUUGAGGAGAGAUCAAGAUACUAUGAUGCCCUUCUUGCUGCUGAAUCAGGCGCUAUUGCUGGAAAGAAAGGACUACAUUCUUCCAAGGAGGCCCCCGUUGUGCACAUGACAGACUUGACAAUGAUAACGGCCAAGAAAGCAAGAGACGUCUUGCCAUCCUUGCAGCGAAGUAGGAGAGUUUCUGUAGUUGUGGAAUAUGUCCUCAGCGGUCAUCGUUUUAAACUAUACAUUCCCAAGGAGACAUGCAGCAUUUCCUUCUCUCUCUCCGGUGUGAGAUGUCCCGGUCGCGAUGAGCCCUAUUCGGAUGAAGCAAUUGCAGUAAUGAGGCGAAGAUUAAUGCAGAGAGAUGUUGAGAUUGAAGUGGAGACUGUUGAUAGAAACGGAACUUUCUUGGGAACUCUAUGGGAGUCAGGGACCAAUGCGUCAAUUGCCCUCGUUGAAGCUGGCCUUGCCAAAUAUAUUCCCUUUGGUGGCAGUGACAAGAUCCAAGAUGGCCACCUUCUUGAACGAGCUAUGAAAAAUGCAAAAACGAAGAAGCUGAAAAUUUGGGAAAAUUUUGAAGGAAAACCCAACAAACAGAAAGAACUAAAGGUAGUGAUUACAGAAGUUUUGGACAGAGGUAAAUUUUAUGUGCAGACAGUUGGGGACGAGAAGAGUGCCUCUAUUCAGCAACAGCUUACUUCUUUGAACCUUGAAGAAGCUCCUUCUGGAAGUGACGCUUUUAAUCCUAGGGAGGGUGACAUUGUCCUUGCUCAGUUUAGUGCAGAUAAUUCUUGGAACCGAGCUAGGAUUGUCAAUGCGCGAAAAGACAAGUUUGAAGUGUUCUACAUUGACUAUGGUAAUCAAGAGGUUGUCCCUUACAGUCAGUUACGGCCUCUUAACUCUUCUGCUGCCUCUGCACCUGGUCUUGCUCAGCUAUGCAGCCUUGCACAUGUUACUGUCCCGAGCUUGGAGGAGGAGUUUGGUCAAGAAGCAGGAGAGUAUUUGAGUGAGUGCACAUUGGACAAAGAGUUCACGGCCGUGAUUGAGGGAAGGGAUAUUUCCGGAGGAAAAUUUGCUAAAGGCCAGGGAACCGGACCAGCUCUUAUGGUAACUCUGUUCGCGGUAGAUAAUGCUGACAGUAUAAAUGCUGCCAUGCUUCAGAAUGGACUUGCUAGUCUAGAUAACCAGAAGAGGUCUUGGAAGUCUCGUACCUUGAGAGAGUUCCAGGAAAAAGCACAAACCUUCCGCCAGGGGAUGUGGCAUGAUUAUUACGAGUCUGAUCAUCAUGAGAACAGAGCUCCUCCUGCAAGAAAGGCUGCUGGCAAGUGAUGAAUAUGCAUGUUAUACUAGUGAUGGAAACUAAUUUCCGUCACAACUACUAUAUAUCACUCUUAUAUCAAAUUUUGAUUCAAAUAAAGAUGGAUUGAUUUUCUUAACUGUUUUCUCAACUACUAUCUUUGAGUUUCUGUUACAAAAUACAUUGUAUCUAUAAUGGCAAAAUAUGAGGAUUUUCUGCUGAACAUAUUUCCUUGAAUAAUAAUACAAUUUGACGACGUAACCAGUGCAUAUUCAUAUAGAAUCCAUCUAAUGAGUUCAAUUUCUUCCUUCUGAUUUCAGUUUUUCUUCCUUCAAUCUAAUGAGCUGCAUAUCCAGUCUAACCAAACAGACCUUUUCAGAUUGAAUGUGUGUCCUUCUCUCAAAGUCUCAAUCCAGUAUAAUAUGGUGCAUCUAGAUUCAGUCUGCAAUCUGCACCAUCAUGAGCUUUGAAACCAAGGAUCUACUAUCCACGCCAAUAUGAACAAGCAAUAAACUAAGCACAUUAUCAUCAUGUUAUAUUUGCAUCCCUAAUACAUAUUUAACAAUUACCAAGCACAGUCAUGUUUGGUACACGAGUGGCAGAAGUGUUUUUAUUUAACCCCAGCUACCAUUUCUAGAGAAGAUUGAACUCUCUAAAUGUGCUCUUUUAAAGUUUUCAUGCUUUCCAUGAUCUAAUAGAGUAUGUUUAUAUAGUAGCCACAUAUUCUUGAGACCUCCACCAGUUGUACUAACUCUGUUUUUGAUCUGCACAUAUAUCACUUCUUUAUCACACUUUACAGCAUUAAUUUGCUAUUUAUAUGUGGAUUUAAUAGUUGUUUGAAGGUUCAAGUGAGGGACCACAACCACAUUUCUGCUUCUGCAGGGUUAAUGAGUCACUGAACUGAACUUAUACUAUUUCCAAGCUAGCAGUGGUCCUUCACCUCCAUUUAGCAAGAAAUCUAUCUGUAAUCACAAUGUAUUUUGCUGCACUAUUAUAAGCCAGAAAGUAGAAGAAUAAAUAGAAGUGGAUUUUGGCUUUUAGAGUGAUCUAGAGGAGUAUUAGAGUAGCAUUAUGCCUGUUGAAAAAGGAAAAAGGAAAUAAACAUGUAGCUAGUUCAAGCCGACAACAUGAUGAUCAUGUCAAAUACUAUGCUUUUUUUUUUUUUCCUCGAAGAAGUGUUUACAUAGAUUGCUUGGAUACUAUUUGCUAGAUAUUGAGGAUCUACUGUCUUGUUUGUUUGUACAACUCAGGUUUACACAAGGAAAAAAUGAAGAAUGAAGAAGGUAAGAGACUUGUGAGGACCACUUGCUUUUCAAUGUGGGAAGCAUGAAGCUAGUUUAGCAUGGGAGAACGGAAAAAUGUAUACUACUUCCAUAAAUCAGCAGUUUAUAAUAUAGUUGGAAACGUCCUCAUUCCUGCUCAUUGCUUCUUAUAUGUCCUUCACUACUCUAGGCCAGAUAUGUACUCAC